AUGUCGGUCGACACGAGUUAUUUGACCACCCAGGUCAACAAUAUCAUCGAUCAGUUGCAUGGGAUAUUCGAUGAUAUUGGUGUACCGAACCAUGAGAGAGAGACUCGCGAGACAGAGCUCUUCGCCGCCCUGUCAGAUACAUUAAACAACCAUUUACGCAUUGUCAACACUGAGAAACAAGACAUGAUUGCAGAAGCCGAACACCUUAUAAAUACAAUUAAGCAGAUGGAAGUAGCGCUUGAUGACCAAAAAGCAAAUGGUCAAUAUGAGCUCGACAGCGAUCUCCAAAUCACUUUCCCCCUCAAUCGCUGCAUUGUCGCAUUGAAAGAAAAGUACUCCGCAAUCAGCAGACUACAUCGCGAGCGUUACGAGCAAGUCAAAAAAUUGGUUGAGGCUCUCGAGUCCUACUCUUCACACUUGGAAGCGUCUUUUGUGAAAAUCCCUCUUCCACCGACAGCGCCCAACGCAUCUAUUCCACCCAACUUUGACCUCUCUCCCUCUUAUGUCACCAAGUUGGACAAUGAAUUCACUCGCGUCUACGAAGAAUAUAACAAGCGUGUCCACCUGGUCAAAGUAACAUCCGAAGAGAUUAUAAAGCUGUGGGCCGAACUGGGAACUCCUCAAGCACAAACUGACUCUACCAUUGUCAAAUACUACCGUGACGCUCCAGAACAACUUGGUCUUCAUGACACUGAUCUCGCCAACCUCAAGAGCAAGCGCGACAAGCUCAUGGAUGAGAAGAGGAAUCGUGAAAAGAAACUAAAAGACCUAAAGAUCGCGGUCGAAGGCUUGUGGGAGCGCCUCGGGGUUGAUGAGCGCGAUCAAAAGGCGUUUCUGGCAGCCAACCGUGGCUGUGGUCUUCGCAUUAUCAAUGAAUUCAAUGAAGAAUUCAAUAGACUCCAAGAACUCAAGCGUCAAAACCUACACUUGUUUGUUGAAGACGCGCGUUGUCGCUUGCAGGAGUUGUGGGAUAGCUUGUACUAUUCCGAAGAGGAAAUGUUGGACUUUACACCUGCUUUCUCCGACGUCUAUAGUGACGCCUUGUUGGAAGCUCACGAAGCCGAAAUUGGACGACUUGAGGCUAUCCGAGAGCAGCGUGCCCCUACUCUUGACCUCAUCACCAGACACAAAACUUUGAUCGAAGAACGAGACGCCCUUGCAGCAUCCAGUCAAGAUGCAUCCCGCUUGAUGGCGCGCGGUAACAAGGGAGAGAAACGCGAUCCUGGCAAGCUCCUUCGAGAAGAGAAGAUGCGUAAGAGGAUUGCUAAGGAACUCCCAAAGCUUGAAUCAGAUCUGCGCAAGAUGCUCGAGCAAUGGGAAGAUGAAUUUGGCAGGCCUUUCCUGAUCCAUGGCGAAAGGUAUCUUGAUGAGAUCACGCCAGUGGCUUCCAAAGUUCCUCCACGAUCCAAAACUCCAUCGGUGCCGCCACCAAAUUCAGUCAAGUCCAAGCAAGCAAGCACGUAUGGUACAGGAAGUGUUCGCGGGCCUCCACCACCUCGAUCUGCAACUAAAACGCCAACGGGUACGUUGCGACGCAACGCACCACAGACAGCAGCUCCGUAUUCCACUCAAGCACAAACCAAAUCUCCGUCUAAGAUUCCUGCUCGUGUUCCACUAGGAAAUAUGCCUCAUGGCAACAAUUCUCCCGAACGCCGUCAGCCUCCAACUUCGUAUUCUUCGAACACCAUACGAGGCAAGGUGCCACCCCGUGCUCCUCCACCAAAAAUGCGCGAACUAUUCAAUGACCCAAAUGAGGAUUCUGUAGCUCCUAGUUACAUCAUGGAACCUUCUCAUUGCGAAAGCAUGAUGUCUGCUCGAAGCGUACGCCCCGUUUCUCUCGAGGACGUCUAUGAUGACAGACAGCAACGAUCGAUGAUCAACAAAUCUGGUAUUUCUCGAUCGAGGACAGAUUUAAGCUCACAUGGUUCAUCUCAAUCUCUUCAUUCCAUAGCAUCCCGUGAAAUGGCAUACCCUCCGCAGAACCCAUAUCUCAACCGCCAGCCGCCUCCACCAGCUACAGCAAUGAGACAAAUAUCAAACUCAACGGUCGAAACAGCCACCUCUGGUUCGGAAAACUGGGAAACUUUUGACGAUGUCUCAGAGCCGGAGACUGAUGCCAGUAAUGUCUAUUAUGCCAAGCUUCGUGCAGCUCAUGGAAAGCGCUUGGCUCCUGAGGACCAACAUGAAGAGUCGCUCAUGGGCAAAAAGAUGAGGGGCAUCCGCACAGUUGGGUCCGAUGAGCGAUUUCUUGAGCAUAAUGGCCAAAUGGUGAGGAUUGAAGGAAGUGAUGGAGGUUGGACCGACGACUUGGAUACGUAUUGA